CGGAAAUGGCACUCAUCCACUCAGGGAAUAGUUUCUCGGACUAUGAUGAAGAGAGCCCCGAGAACUCUGCACUCUUAGUGGGCCAGAAGAGCCGGGAGAAGGAGACGCGUUGGGGACCUGUCAUCCAACUGGUUAUCCUCUCGGUGGCUUACAUGUUAGGCUACGCACCCCACACGGCGCUCAUGAACCUAGAGGGAGUCAUCCAGCCUGAGAUCGGCCUGUACGCCAUGAUGUGUCUGUUUGGGGGCGCUCUCGUCAACUCUGUGCUGGUGUCGCCCAUCUUGACGCGGAAGUUAGGCGCCAAAGGGUGCGUGCUGUGCGCCUGGGUGUGUGAAACUGUGUUCAUUUGCGCACAUUUUUACGUGGAACCCUAUAUUUUGUUGCCGGUGUCGUUCUUUGCUGGAAUAGGGCAUGGCCAGGGACUGACCACGGCAGGCGUUUUCAUCACCGCCUUGGCUCUACAGUAUGUCCACGCCACGGGACAGUCCCAAGACCACGUGAUGGGACUCUUUAACGGCAUCUUCUUCACCAUCUACCUCACGUGCAGCAUUUGGAGCAACUUAAUUUCAUCGCUGGUCCUCGUGAAACCAGCGUCCGUGAAUGCGACGGAGAAGAGCAACUUGAGUGAACUUUGCGGGCCGAAGUUCUGUCCUUGGGAGGAUACAUCCGGGACCUUUAUACGUCAGCCGGACCAAAACGAGAUUUAUAUCACCCUGGGCGGUUUUCUCUGUCUUGUCGGGAGCGCUUUCGUACUGACUCUAUUUUUCGUUAAAAAGAUCAAACCAGAAUCCGUGGAGGCAGUAAGUGGGGCACGAGCGUUCUGGUCCGCCACGGGGAAUCUUCUGUUGAGGAAGAAGUUUGUUCUCUUGGUAUUGCCGUUUAUGAUGUAUUCGGCCGGAGAGGUCUUCAUCAUAGCGGAGUUCACCAAGGCAUUUGUGAGCUGCGAGCUUGGCAUAGAAUAUAACGGCUGGACAAUGAUCGCGUUUGCUGUCGGUUCCAACAUUGGGUCCAUCGUCACCGGACGUCUGGUGAAAUACGUCGGCUGGCCAGUACUGUUUGUGUUUGCCGCCUGUUGUAAUUUCGGCUGCUAUACCAGUAUGUUGGUGUUCGAUCCGUCCAUAGGAAGCAUUGAGUAUUUCUUUCUGGUGCCGUUUGUUUGUGGAGUGGCGGACUCGGUGUGGAUAUCUCAGUCUUCGGAAAACAAAGGAGACAGGAGUGGCAUGGGCAGCAGCCCACUCCACCCCUCCCCCAAAAAUAAAUAG